CUCAUAUUCGAUUUGGAGAGGUUAAUAAAAUUAAAUUAGUGGCGCACGUUAUCCGCUCCAGAGAGUGCGAGGCGAGAGAGAAUGACAAUAUCUGUUUUCUUAGUUCCUUCGACGCCUCAGUUGUGUAACUACAGAAUCUCAUGGCCAAUUCCCACUUACCCUUCUCUUUCUUCUUCUAAGUUAACUGUUUCACUGUGCUCUCCUUCCCCUCCAACAUCUGUUAUCGAAGAGGGUCCUUCUCCUUCACCAGAAUUGACCAGUGGUUGUAAGGCGUGUGGAAGAGAAGAAGUGGAGCAAGGAUGCAAUGGUGAAGGAAGGAUUCAGGGUGGGAUUGCUACAGUACCAGGCUUUGGGUGGUGGCCUAUAAAGGCUUACAGGCCAUGCCCUGCAUUUGUGGCAUCUGGUGGUAGGUAUAGGCGCCAAGGACAAAGCAUGGACGAGGUUGUCUCCGGAAGUGGUAAAACUAAAACACCCAUUGCCACUGACUCCAACACAAGCUUCUAAAUGGUGUUGUAAAAUGGUGCCAAAUUUUACAGUAACAAAAAGGAAAGUUCGAAGAAAUCUAAGAGGUAAAUGUUUGGGAGGAAUAUUACAGUCAUCGCUCUAUCGAGGUGACAAAAGCAAGAGCUUUAAGGAAGAGGAGGGGUAAAGAAAAUGUUGAUGUUGUGGUCUGCUACAAAUGUUACAAAUAAUAUUCUGUGAGGAUUAUGGAAAUCUAUGUAAGUCUUAUACAUGCAUUAGGAAAUAGGGUGAUGCCAUGUAAUCAUGUUCACUGGAUUUCCUUGAAUCUCUACCGCUUUUUUCAUUCAUCAUCAGUUAUCUAUCAUUAUAGUUACUUUAGGUUUUUAGGUUUUUUUUAUCGAUAAAUAUUAAUUCAUUAGAAUGUGAAUUUUGUAAACAAACGAGAUCGAAUCUUGUGAUCUUUUUUUUCUCCCUUAAUUAUUUAACUCAUCUUAUAUCUUCUA